UAUUGAUGAUGACGUGUAGCAGGAAGUUGAGCUGUAGCUAGCUUUAGCAGAGCUCUUCCUUAACGCUGCUGUUUGUUUAUUUUUACAGUCCAGUAUGAAGUCUACAGAUUUAUUAAUCMUCCGUCUGGUAAAAUACAACAUAAAAUAAAACAGACCAACUGCACAGGUGUGGUUAAUUACAGCUGUUUGAUGAAGAGCGAUGGGGAAGAGGAGGGUGCCAGAUCUGUACCGAGCCCCCUUUCCACUGUACUCCGUUAAAGUGGACCCUGCUACGGGGCUGGUGAUCACAGCCGGAGGAGGGGGUGCUUCGAAGACGGGCAUAAAGAAUGCAGUGCACUUCCUGGACCUGCAGCUGGUCGGAGAACACCAGUAUGGCGCCAGCCUUCUUCACUCUCACGAUACGGACACGCGUGCCACCAUGAACAUGGCUGUGUGUGACGAUGUCAUCGCUGCAGGGCAGGACGGGACCUGCUGCCUCAUGACCUUUAAACUCCACGGGCAGAAAGGCGGACAGGUUGCUGCCAAACAAGCAGCUAACAGCACGCAGCGAGGUAAUGCCAGGAGACGAGCUGGGAAAACGGACGGCACUGAUCCGAAUAAAGCCGCUGCUCCUAACGUGUCGGACAUGAAGGACGACACGGCUCACAUCACAGUGACGGCUCUAGCUGACGUGCAGUCGGACCUGAACCCACAGGACCCGCUCCAGAAAGUAGUCCGGUUCAGUCCUGACUCGAACCUCCUGCUGACGGGAGGUACUGACGGACACAUACGAGUGUGGGAGUAUCCAUCCCUGAAGAAGAAGUUGGACUUCAAAGCACAUGAAGGGGAAGUGGAAGACUUGGACAUGAGUGCAGGAAACAAGCACCUGGUGACGGUCGGGCGAGACUUCGCCUGCAGCGUUUGGACUGGCAACCAACUGGCAACGAGACUGAACUGGCUGGAAACUAUGCCUCAAAUUGCUGAAAAGUCUUAUCGAUAUCUGGCUUGCAGGUUUGGACGCGUCGAGGACCAAAAAGAUGCUCUGAGGCUUUACACGGUGCAGAUCCCUCAUAAACGAGACAGAAAACCUCCUCCUUGCUACCUCACCAAGUGGGAUGGUAAGAGCCUGCUGCCCAUGCUGACGUCUCCCUGUGGAGCUGAAGUUCUCUCCACUCUAGCUGUCAGCGACUCUGGGACGUUUCUCGGACUUGGAACUGUGACUGGAUCCGUAGCGAUUUACAUCGCCUUCUCCCUGCAGAGGCUGUAUUAUGUUCAGGAGUCCCACGGCAUCGUUGUGACGGACCUGGCCUUCCUUCCUGACUCCCUGAAAGGCCGAGCCCUCAYGGGGAGGAACGAGACGGCCAUGUUGAGCGUAGCUGUGGACAGUCGCUGUCAAAUACACACUGUGGCCGUCCAGAGAUAUGUCCCCAUCUGGCUCGUGCUGUUCCUCUGCGGUCUGAUGGUGGUGGCGCUGGUCCUCCUCCUGCAGCACCUCUUUCCAGGAUUUCUUUAAACUACGGGGSUCAGGCUGCUCCACUGCUGACUGACCCGAAACCAAACUCAGUCCAGACAUCUCAGUGUCCCAGUACUGCACACCAGAACCCAGUGGAACCAAUCAGAACCAGUGGGAUUUUAUUUCCUUUGAGCUUUGUUGAUGACUCACUCUAAUGUUGAAGGGCUUGGUUUAGUGACUGAUUGAUAGCUGACUACUUCUGACAUAUUUAACUAAACAAAUAUAUAUUUAAACUUGCUCUGGAAAAAAAUCAGCUUGAAUUAGAUUGUUUCUUGUUGAGGAUAAUAAAAAUAUUCAAACAUUUGUUGAAAUAACUCUAAAAUAUCUCAAUUUAUUAAGAGUCAUAAACAGAUCGGGAAGCUAGAAGAGAAACGGAUUUAAGUCUAUGGAACAAGAUUUAAUGUGUUAAAAUCAAUUUCUGACCUCUGUKACAUUUAACUUAAGACUUUUCUUAAUGUAAAAAAUGGUGACUUAAUUUUUAAAAUGAUCCCCACAUCUCUGUAUCUGUUGGAUGGAAAAACAGAAAUAAAUGGAUGAAGUUGUGGA